AUGCCUCGCUCCGACGCCAACGACGCCGACGAGGUCCUCGGACUCCUGGGCAACGCCGCCCACCAGGAGCUCGAGCUCGAGCUCGAACCGCAGCACCACCAAUCCUUCGCUCACCGCCACCACCACACCGACGACCUGGGCAUCACAUCAUCGCAGAGCCCCUACUACUACGACACGAACAGCAACAGCAACAGCAACAACAACACCAUCAUCAACAACGGCAGCACCAUCGACACCACCACCACCUCCUCCCCACAAUCCCUCUCGCCCUCGCCCUCUCCCGCGCCCGGCAACCUCACCACCACCACCACCCUCACCCUCCCCGGCCUCGGCCCCACACCCACACCCACACCCACAUCCGCCCCGCGCUCGCUCUCCGCCUCUCCCGCCCCCUCCGCCACGCCUUCGCCCUCGCCCGCCCUCGCCCUCCAUGGCAGCAAACCCCGGCCGCCGCCGCGCCGCCAGUCCAGCUUCGCGCAGCCGCGGCCCGACGGCACGCCGCGCACGCCCAACCGCGUGCGCUUCGACGAGGAGGCGGAGCUGAUUCCGUUGGAAGAACACAUCAGGCGGAGUCAGGAAAACGGCGGGUUCGCGAACCGGACGGGGCCGGCGAGGUAUCAUAAUGUCGGUGGUGGGGGUGGAGGAGGUGCGGGAGGUGCGGGUGCUGCGGGUGGUGGAGGGAUGGGCCCGCGGCAGCAUCCGUAUGCGACGCGCAUGCCGCUGGGGGGCGAUAGCAGCAGCGACAGCGAGGGGGAUGGGGGUGGCGACGGGGCGUGGGCGGAGGAGGAGGAUUUUUUGGCGAGCGGGGCGGCGGGGGGGCGGGGGAGGAGAGGAGGGGGAAGGAGGGGGAGGAGGGGCAACGGGGCGGCGGGGAGGGAGCAAAGGUUGCCGCUGCUGACGGACAUCGAGGCGCCGAGCGUGACGGUGGCCAAUUCGGAUGUGGGGUUCAGCCCGGAGGAUCUGUUGGAGAGCGCGAGGCCCAAGAGCGGGCUGAGGAGCGCGUUCAUGAAUAUGGCGAACAGUAUCAUUGGCGCUGGCAUCAUCGGUCAACCAUACGCUUUCAGACAGGCGGGCUUGCUGACUGGCAUUGUCCUUCUUGUGCUCCUGACCGCCACUGUCGAUUGGACGAUCCGUCUUAUAGUGGUGAAUUCGAAGCUCAGCGGAGCGAAUUCGUUUCAAGCAACUGUGCAACAUUGCUUUGGGAAUACCGGACUGAUAGCCAUAAGCGUUGCACAAUGGGCUUUUGCAUUUGGCGGCAUGAUAGCGUUUUGUAUUAUCGUGGGCGACACCAUCCCGCACGUGAUGGAAGCACUGUUCCCUUCGCUACCCGAUACCCCGUUCUUGUGGCUGCUCACAGAUAGACGAGCUGUCAUUGUUUUCUUCACUCUGGGCGUCUCCUACCCGCUUUCGUUGUAUAGAGAUAUUUCCAAGUUGGCAAAAGCAUCAACAUUGGCCCUUAUUAGCAUGCUCAUUAUUCUCGUCGCGGUCGUCACUCAGGGCCCCGGAGUUCCUCAAGACAUGAAAGGUCAGAUUAGAGGAAGCUUAAUCAUCAACGACGGCGUUUUCCAGGCGGUGGGCGUCAUAUCAUUUGACCACAACUCCCUCCUCAUCUAUGGCUCGCUCAAGAAGCCCACAAUCGACCGUUUUUCCAAAGUGACGCACUUCAGCACGACGGUAUCGAUGAUCGCAUGCCUGCUCAUGGCGCUCUCCGGUUACUUGACCUUUGGCGACAAGACGCAAGGGAACGUUCUCAACAACUUCCCGACCAACAACGUCCUGGUCAACGUCGCCCGUCUCUGCUUUGGUCUCAACAUGCUUUCGACACUGCCACUCGAGGCAUUCGUCUGCCGUGAGGUGAUGGAGAACUUCUACUUCCCCGGUGAGCCGUGGGAUGCGAGCAGGCACCUCAUCUUCACCACGACGCUGGUGACCAGCGCAAUGGGCUUGAGCUUGAUGACGUGCGAUCUGGGCGUCGUCUUCGAGUUGGUCGGAGCAACAUCGGCUUGUGCCCUCGCUUACAUCCUCCCGCCUCUCUGUUUCCUCAAGCUCUCAAAGAAGCGGUCUGCCCGCACGGAACGCAUCUGCGCAAUGGUCUGCGUGGCGUUUGGCUGCUCCGUCCUGGGCGUCAGCUUGGUGCUGGCCGUCACGAAGAUGAUGCGCAACGAAGGAAACCCGGCCACCUGCGGCUAA